AUGUCUAACACCAAAAUUAUCACUACCACCAAAUUAUCUGAGCCCGAAAUCCACAACAUCUACGACCUCGCAACAGGAACAUGGCAAUACAUCGUGGCCGACCCGUCCACUCUCCACGCCAUCAUCAUCGACUCAGUGCUCGACUUCGAUCCCACAACACGAUCUAUUAGCACCCAAACCGCCGAUUCACUUUUAACACUCAUCGCUGUGCAUAAUUAUACCAUCGACAAGAUCCUCGAAACGCAUAUCCACGCCGACCACUUGACCGCAGCGUCGUAUCUGCAGAACAGACUUGCGGAGAAGCAGGGCUUCAGGUCGCGCAUAGGUAUUGGCAAGCGUAUCACGCAGGUGCAGGAAUUAUUUGCGAAGAGAUAUGGGAUUGCGAGGGCGGAGUGGGAGGGCGUGUUUGAUGACCUGUUCGAGGAUGACCAAGAAUUUGAGGUGGGUGAGAUGGUAGUGAAGGUGCUGCAUCUCCCUGGACAUACGCCCGAUCAUGUUGGAUACGUCGUUGGAGAUAACGUCUUCUGCGGCGACUCAGUCUUCCACCCAUCCAUCGGCACCGCACGCUGCGACUUCCCCGGCGGCGACGAAAGUCAGCUAUACCAUUCGGCGCGCAAACUACUCCAGAUGCCCGAGCACAUGCGGAUCUACACGGGCCAUGAUUACUUGUCUGACGAGCGCGACACACCCAUUCCAUGGCUGAGUGUGCGAGACCACAAGGAGCAAAACCCAUGGCUCGGUCCGGGGGUUUCUCAGCAGGACUUCGUAGCGAAGCGCCAGGAGCGCGACAAUACAUUAAAGGAACCGCGGCUACUGUAUGAGAGCUUGCAGGUGAAUAUGCGAGCUGGGAGAAUGCCCGGAGGGGAGAGGACGCUGCAUCUCCCAAUUAAGGCAGGAGGUGAAGAGUGGUAG